UUGGGACGGAGAAGCACAAAACUUUGUACGGAUCUGGGUUCUGUAUUAAUAAUAAUAAGCAGGAGAGAUCCGAGGGCACUGCUUUCGAUGACCACUGGAGAAGCUCCAAGCUUUCCAAGAGUAAUAGUGAUGCUGAUUUCUCAGCCUCUAAAGCACUAAGGAACUCUAAUUUGCUCAUGAGAUCUAACUCAACUCUCGCCUUCUUCGACAAUAUUGGUCACCCACAGCACCAAAUGCUGAGCUUCUCUUCUCCCAAGCCAGAGCCUUUGCCUUACUCCCCCAACACCUUAUCUGCUUAUAACAGUAGAAAUAUGGCAGGGUUCAACUCCGGGAGCUUGGUUAACGGUGGAAACGUUAUGCAUGGGGAGAAAUGUGUAUUCACUCCAUCGCAGUGGAUGGAGCUAGAACAACAGGCUUUGAUCUACAAAUACAUCACCGCCAAUGUCCCCAAUCCAUCUAAUCUCCCUCUUCCCAUCAGAAAGACCUUUGACUCCGUUGGCUUCUCUUCCUUCCCUUCCGGUCUUCUCAGACCCAACAACACAUUGGGAUGGGGUGCUUUCCACCUGGGAUUCUCUAACAACAACGAUCCGGAGCCAGGAAGGUGUCGCCGGACGGACGGUAAGAAAUGGCGGUGCUCGAGAGACGCCGUCGCCGACCAGAAGUACUGCGAGCGGCACAUGAACAGAGGCCGCCAUCGUUCAAGAAAGCCUGUGGAAGGCCAAACCGGCCAUUCUCUCGCCGGAGCAAACGCUGUCGCCAUCAACUCCACCUCUUCGGUGGCAUUGCCUGUCGGCGGUACUGCAUCCAACAGCCUCGCUGCCACUUCUACUAACAUGAAUCAUCAACACCAGUUGCAGAGCUUGAACAGAAUGCAAAGCACUCAUGGAGGUCUCUCCUUGUCGUCUAGAUCAGAUCAGUUCGGCGUCGUUAGUAAUUCUGAAUCACAGCAGCACUCGCUACGCCAGUUCAUCGAUGUCGACUGGCCAAACAAAACCGGAAAAUCCAACACCAACAACGGCAACCACUCGACCGUCUCAAACUGGCCAGACUCGGAGCAAACCACACAGCUAUCGAUCUCCAUCUCAAGCAUGUCUUCCUCGGACGCGAAUCUCUCGCAUAACGCGGCUACUGCUGAUCACGACCACCACCGUCAUCAACGGCAAGCCUUGAAUUUGAUUCCCAUGAGUUGGGAGCCUUCCUUGGGCGGGCCACUUGGGGAAGUUCUUCACCACACUAAUAAUAGCAACAACAACGUCGAUUCCGGCGAUUGUAGGGGGCCGUCGUCGUCGUCGUUGUCGGUGCUGAAUCUGAUGACAGAAGGUUGGGACAGUAGCCCUCCGAUGGGGUCGUCUCCGACGGGGGUUUUGCAGAAGACCGCGUUUGGGUCGCUUUCCAAUAGCAGUGCGGGGAGUAGCCCACGAGCCGAUAGCAGUAAAGACCUUGUUGCCUCUGCUCACUUGAAUACUUCUCUGUAGGUGAGACAUGGGAAGAAGAAAUUCACUCUUUUUUUUUUUUAAAAAAAGAAAUUUGUAUUGUUAAAUUUCGCUAAGAGUGUCAUUACUUCAAUCUAAUUGUAUUCGGUUAAUAAUCUGUUUGCUGUUGAAGGGUUGCUCUUCUCUUUGUGACGUUUGCUUCAUCUUUUUCAAAAGUAAUUUUGAGGUAUUGUCCCCUCACGAGCACUAAGU